UGACAAUUAAAAAAAUCUGCUCUAUGUACAGUUGUCUGAGUAAUAUAAGUAGUUAAUAGUUUAAAUUGGAGGAAAUACAUAAUUUCUACUAUUUACAGAUGCCGUCGAACUCUAUGCAGCUGUUUGGGGUGGAUGUUUGCAAUUCCACCAGAUGGUCGUUUACGAAAAUUUUGUGUCAAGGCACGUACGAUUGGAACAUUUGAAAACUAUGCUGCAAAAACCUUCUUGGGAUUUGCAGGCGGGAUGUUCCUGACAUAUAUUUUGCUAAUGUUUCUUACAAUUCAACUAAACUACCCUAUAACUGGAGCCACUAUGAUUUGUUCAGCACUUGGAGUCUUUCUAACAUUGGGAUUGGCAUUUUCAAAAAGAGUAAGGGUUAUAACAUUAUUACUUCUACCACACCUCUUCUCGAAGAAUGGUCGAAAAGCAUUGGUGGCUUAUGCAUUUACCCUAGCACUGACUGGUCCUGCUGUGAACACUCUACGCAACACAAGGAUAUUGGCUGAUUCUCUAGCAUGUGCACAGGAACAACUGAAAAAGAUCGUUCAUGAUAUCACUGAAGCUGUGAAGAAACCAUUUAUUGCUAUAAAAGAUGCAUUUCAUAAAGUGAUGGUGACAAUCAAACAAGUAGUGAAAACAUUAAAAGAAGUCUGGCAUUCUUUUGUAAGGAUCUUUAUCAGCCUAUUGCAAGUUAUGAAAUCAGUAUACCAGUGGCUUACUAGUGUUCUCAACCUUUGCAACAAAAAAGUUGGGACACCACACCAGAGGUGCAUGAGAGUGAUUGAUAAUUCAGUUGCAGACUGUCACGCCAAAUUAGGUCCACUAUUCAACUGGCUAUGCUCAGUCACCUAUGUUGGUUCCAUUGUCUGCUAUGCUGCCAAGAUCUUUGACCUCAUCUGCCCAUUCAUGGACUAUAUCAAUAACAGCGUUGUUGGUGUUAUGAAGAAAAAGUUGCUAACAUUUGUAACACACAUCCACAACAUCUUCUAUGUAUCAGUGGAUUUCAAGCAUUCAUUUCAUUUUGAGACAACUCAAUCAGUCUCAAUGAAAGAGAUAUCUGCUGCAAUCAUUGCAGAGUUACGCGGCCGUACAGAUAAGUUCGUGUCCUUGUUUGAGUAUCUGGGCUUUGCAUUCAUCUUCUUCUUCUUCGUACUGUUUUUCAGAGUCAUUCAGUACCACCUGAAAUUUCUUACAAGUAAUAGAUUUGAAAACAGAUUCAUCACUAGAUAUUUUCGAGAAAUAGAUCUACAACGAGCCAAACAUGACAAAGAAACAGUCUUGCCACUCACCAGAGUAGAGAGGAAAAAUUACAUCACGGUUGGAUCCUUACGUUUUGCACCCUCAGAAAAAAGGCAACUAAUAAAAUCAGCAGUAUUUCUGGGAGCUUCAAGUUUGCAACUGGCCAAAUACCUAUUAACAGAUUAUUGUUUUUACUGGGUAUUAGCUCUAAUUCAAGCCCAUGGUGGUGUGAAGACUACAGUGGAAGCUCCAUACAUGGUUGGAAUACACGUGCAAGGUUCCGGGAUGGUGGCCGAUCUUUAUCAUAGCAUUGCAAAUGCAUUGAAACCACUGGGUGCCAAGAUGGACAUAGACAAUGUACCCUGUCUCCCAAACCCAGUUCCACCAGAUUUUGGACGUUACAUACAGAUAGUGUCGCUGAUCCUUCUCUGUUGGGUUUUGACAAUUCUGGAGCCAUAUGGACUGAGGCUGAAGCAUGUGGUGAUGUCCUAUUACUAUCCAGAGAGAGCCAGACAGAGAGCUGUAUGGCUGUACAACAAUAUCCUAAGAUCUCGUGGAGGCUUCCUCAAAUUUAUUAGAAGACAACUCAGAAGAAAAUUUGGGAAAAGCAAAGAUGGCGUUAUUGAGAAAGUAAGCCUCAUGGAUCGCCUUCGAGCUAAGUUUCCCUGGCUCGACAUCAUACUUUGGGACAGCAAACAGAAGAUGUGUAUCUUGUGUGGCAAAGUUGUCAGGAAGGGAGACAAGGAACAGUUGAUAAUAUGCCCAACCCCAAACUGUUGUGGCCAAUACUGUACAGAAUGCUACGCUGAUCUCAAGAACUUGUGCACCAUCUGUAAGAAACCCACAGAGUAUGGGGACUUGUCUGAUGAGAGUAUAGAAAGAGAUUCAUCUGAAGAAGACUGUCAGGGUUCACAAACAGGUGUCCGCAAUAGGAAACAAAAACACAGAUUCAUGGAUGAGAUGAGUAAGAAUUGGCCUGCAGAUGAUGCUGAAGUAGGACUGCUGUCUCCUGAUGAAACAAUGAACGUCAAAAGGGAACGUUUAGAUUCUGAACUUUCAUACAGCUAUCAAUAUGAUGCUGAUGAUGAAGCAGAUGCUGUGGAAACGCCAACAGUAAGUUCACCGCCGUUGGGAGAAGUUGAAACACAACACAUAUAUGAGCCUGCAAGAACUGAAUUUCUCUAUGAAGAAGAGAGAGAAUGAAUAAAGUGAUUCACGCAAUUGUACUAUCAGAAUUACCACAAUACUUGCUUUAACUCUUUGUCACAUAAUUUAAAUAUCUAGACAUCAGAAGAGUAAUUUAAUCUCGAAAUUAAUGUAUUUUUUGACUUUGUCCAUCGCCCGGUAUUCUAAAAACACCAGAUAACACAAAGUGUCAGAAACCAGAUCUGUUUCCGUCCUAAGUUGAGGGGUGGGGGGGGGGGGGCACCAACUCCAUAGGAUGUUGGAAAGAGCUCUUUCUAACAGACCAGACAUAUAAGAUGUAAUUCUGAGCAUUAUUCACCAUCACCAGAAUGCUUUAGAAUCUACACGUAAUUUAAACAUUUGUAUCCAGUGAUAUUAAUAGCCAGUCAGAGUAGCUGAGCGGUCCAAAGCAAGUAUUGUUUUUGCUCACUCAGAAGCCGGGAUCAUGGGUUCAAAUCCCACACAAGGCAUGGAUGUUUGGUAUGUGUAUGUGGUG